CUCGUGCACGCCUUAAGCAGGUCUGUCGUCAGCAGACCAGGCGUACUAAUAGGCGCGGAAAGGGCUUACGGCGGUGUUACUGCGAAAGGGGUCCCCCUGUCGGCAACCAGGUCGAGUGUUUCUCUUCUUUAAUUUUAACCUUUACUGAGGCGUCCCCCCCGUGCAGGUAAGAGCGGGGCUCUUGGGCUGGCCUCACAUAUUCCUAACGCGGAAAAGACAGUCUUACAGAGCAGCGUCUUAGACUAUUCCCCUGUUUUAUAAAUAAGGCGAUGGGGUGCGAAAGACAAGCAUGGUUGCUGUGCUUCUAAUUGGAGCUUUGAAAGUGGAGUUUGUUAAGAUGCUAUUAUCUACCCCUGAGGAUCUGAAAGAAGCCAUUGGAAAUUUUUGAUUACAGCUGACUUGAUGAACUCCUCACUUGUUGCAUACGAUGAUUCAGACUCUGAGACAGAGGCUGGGGAGUUUGAAGGUGCUCCUAGUAAUAAAAUGACUCUGACUGAUUCUUCUGUGAGUGCUCUGCAGACCUGUGGUGGGUUAUGCACAGUUUCUGAAAGCAAGGACCAGCCUGUUCAAUACGUUGGUAGUUCAAGAAGGAGCAUUUUGCAUGAAGAUACUCUUCCACAACACCUACAGGUGAAUAAAAAAUCAGUGGUAACAAAUCAUCACAGGGAACUGAACCCUCCUAUUUUUAUGAACAUAACAAGUACUAAUCAUAACCAACCAUUAAGCCCUUUGUUGAAUCCGAAAAUACUUUCUGGAAAUGAGUGCUGCUUGCAGAAGAGAGCUCGUGAUAGUGGUGAUGUCCCCAUACAGGGACUGCGACCUUAUAUCCCCAAAAGACUGAGACAGGGAAAAAAUCUAGAUCUCCAUAAAGCUGAAGACAGCAGUGGGAGUACUGGUUAUGCAACCAAACCUGACAAUGAAGGAGAUCAAAUGUCUAUUAAAACUUCUCCGUAUAUCAUGCCAUAUAUAGGAUCCAAAUAUGGAGUUACUGAAAUUCCUAAGCAUCUGGUGUUUCAGAUGUCUGAUCACAGUGGUCCAGUAAAUGCAAUCCAGUGGUGUCCUCAGCAGAAGUGGAGCCAUAUGUUGCUUUCUGCAUCUAUGGAUAAAACCUUCAAGGUUUGGGAUGCUGUGGAUCGUGGCUGUUGUUUAAAAACCUACUGUUGUCACACGUGUGCUGUUCGAGCUGUCCAGUGGUCACCUUGCGGCACAAGGAUUAUCAGUGGAGGCUUCGACUGCAUGCUUCAUUUAACGGACAUUGAGAAAGGAACCCAGACGUUUAGCAUUAGGAAUGAAUUUCGGAUCAGCACCCUGAUGUUUCACCCUCUUGAUCCUAAUAUUUUUAUUUGUGGUGGAUUCAGCCCAGAAGUUAAAGCCUGGGAUAUGAGGUCUUCCAAGGUAAUAAAAGUCUACAAAGCUGCAGUUCAGCAAACCUUGGAUAUCAUGUUCCUCCCUGGAGGAAAAGAAUUUCUCACCAGCACCGAUGCAGUAAGCCAAGACUCAGCUGACCGUACCAUCAUUGCGUGGGACUUUGACACAGCUGCAAAGAUUUCCAAUCAGAUCUUCCAUGAGCGCUAUACUUGUCCCAGCCUUGCAACACAUCCUAAAGAACCUGUCUUUGUUGCUCAAACAAAUGGCAACUAUGUGGCCUUGUUCUCCAGCCUGCGUCCCUACAGAAUCAAUAACAAGAAGAGAUACGAAGGGCAUAAGGUUGAAGGAUUUGCAGUGGGCUGUGAGUUUUCUCCUGAUGGGAUGCUUCUUGUGUCGGGGAGCUCAGACGGCAAAGUGUUUUUCUAUAACUACCGCACCUCUCACAUCAUUCGCACCUUAUACGCACAUAGAGAAGCCUGUGUGAGUGCAACUUUUCAUCCCCUCCUUCCAUCACUCCUUGCUACAUGUGGCUGGGAUGGAGAAGUCAAGGUCUGGCAGUAGUACUCAUUUUUGAGAAGCAUUCUCCCGUCAUAGAAAUCUAGCCACCUGCUGGCUUUCCAGUUUCAUAGCUGCUUUUUGUCUUUCUAUUUACAGUGAGUAGGAUGGAGAGCUUUUCUUUUCUGGUCUCACCACAGAGGUACCUGACUCACCUGGAUCCUAAUCCCCUAUUUUAUUGCUUUGGGACAACAUACCCAGAGUUUGAAAACAGGGAUCUCUCUAGCUUGUACUUCCAAGUCUCUAUCCAUGAUGGACAAAAUAUGGCUCUCCUAAUAUUGUUGACCUAUAAUUCUCAUCAGCCCCAGCUGGCACAGCUAAUAGUAAUUCUGAGAAUUGCACCCCAACAACAUCUAAAUGGGCCACACCUUGCCAAUCUCUAUAUGUUGUAGCUGCUCUGAUGCACUUCCUACAGAAGUAACAAGAUGCAUGACUAGCAAUAAUUAAAGACCCAGGAAUACUUGCUUCCUCUUGGAGCAGGUAAGUCUGGCCCACUGAAAGUUUAGUAAGUCAACACCUCUUUAGGUUUUAACAUUUCCCUUUAGUCUCCCAAUGUAGGGACGUGGUGGUGCUGCGGGCUUAAACCGCAGAAGCCUGUGCUGCAGGGUCAGAAGACCAAGCAGUCGUAAG